GCCUCAGCUGCCUCCUCUCUCCUGCUCGCUCUCUCUCCGCAUCUCUGCCUCCAUCAGGACACGGAGCUCCGCCUCGGAUGCUGCUGGAGCUGUUUAUCUGAUUACCAGAUACACGAGCUGCGCUUCCUUAAAGCGACACCCUGGCCUUAAUUAAUUACACUGCCAGUGAGAGAGAAAGAGAGAGAAGGAGAGGAGAGAGAGACGCCGAGGAUGCAGCGCCCACCUCCUCCCUGCAGGAUGCCGCGAGCCGCCGCUUCAUCUCCUGCCUCGAGGUUAUGAAACUGUAAUCUGAUCCUGCACGCCAGCAGGAAGACCCCCUCCUCUUCCUCCUCCUCCCUCCUCCUCUCCAUCCUGGGAUACAUCCACGAUCAGUGCGUCACGCGGGUUUUUCUUCCGCUUUCUCUCUGCAUCACGCUCAGCUGAUGAAACUGGCAGCAAACGCGCGUCCCUACAGCCUGCACGGCAUCUAUGGAAGGCGUCUUUAGGUCCGCGUGUGCGCGUCCUUGCUGCUCUGCUGGCGGCCUUCCUGUGUUUCUGCACUCCUGUUUCGCAGCCGGUACUUUUCCGCUCGCACGCAGCAGAUGAAACCCCGACUCCCUGCCUCUGCGCUUCCUCCCCGCGUGGGCUCUGAGACCUGCGUCAAACGCGCCUCGUCCUCUCCGCGUCCCCGCCGUCGCCGUGCCGCUGAUGCGGUGCGCCUGGGUGCUCGCUUUCUCCUCGUCCUGGCCGGUUCCUGAUCCUCUGGGCCGGAGGGCCAGCCUCCUCCAUCGGGGCAGGAUGGUACGGUUUGUGAGCGCGCUGGGGCUCGUCAUAUUCAGCGUGGCGCUGCUCAUCCUGUCUCUCAUCAGCUAUGUCUCCAUCAAGAAGGACUUCCUGUUCAGCACCCCGAGAUAUGGACCCAACGGCGGACCCAGGAUGUACAUGUUCCACGCGGGGUUUCGCGAGAGGCCACCUCGCAAACCUGACCUGAGCUCCCAGUUGGCGAUGAAGUAUUUGGAUCCAGCUUUUACUUCUCUGACCAACGCUCUCAGCGAGGACCUGCAGAAUUCAUCUAAAUGGAGGCACAACAGCACUGCUUUUAACCAGCAGAGGAAGGAGAUCUCUCAGUACAUUGACAUACCCCACAACUUCACGCUGACUCGAGACUCAGUCCGAAUCGGUCAGCUGAUGCACUAUGACUACUCCAGCCACAAAUACGUCUUCUCCAUCAGUGAGAACUUUCGCGCUCUCCUCCCAGAGGUCUCACCAAUCCUCAACAAGCACUAUAACGUAUGUGCUGUGAUUGGCAACAGCGGCAUCCUCACUGGCUCACGCUGUGGUCCCCAGAUUGAGAAAUACGACUUUGUCUUCCGCUGCAAUUUUGCGCCGACUGAGAUCUUUAAAAAAGAUGUUGGGCGUCGCACCAACAUGACGACCUUUAACCCCAGUAUCCUGGAGAAAUACUAUAACAACUUACUAACUGUGCAGGACAGAAAUAACUUCUUCCUUAGCCUGAAGAAGCUGGAUGGCGCCAUUCUGUGGAUCCCGGCGUUUUUCUUCCACACGUCGGCCACAGUGACGAGAACGUUGGUGGACUUUUUUGUGGAGCAUAGAGGUCAGCUCAAGGUCCAGCUAGCCUGGCCUGGAAACAUCAUGAAAUAUGUCAACAACUACUGGAAAACCAAGCAGCUGUCGCCGAAGCGCCUGAGCACAGGCAUUCUGAUGUACACGCUGGCUUCUUCCAUGUGUGACCAGAUCCACCUGUACGGUUUCUGGCCCUUUGGCUGGGACCCGAACACAGGCAAAGAGCUCCCCUACCACUACUACGACAAGAAGGGCACCAAAUUCACCACCAAGUGGCAGGAGUCCCACCAGCUGCCUGCCGAGUUUAAACUCCUCUACAAGAUGCACACAGAAGGACUGCUGAAGCUCUCCCUCUCCCACUGUGCUUAGGGAUAAAACUGUGGCAGGUACCGUGCUCCUUCAGGCUCCCAUCCAGCACUUCCACUGGCCGGAAUUACAGAAAGGGUGAGACAAGCAAAGUUGGGACCCGUGCCGUUCAGUCAAAGGCAACAGCUUGACUGUAAGGCUGAGUUUGUGCAGUGGAGAUCAGCCUGAGAUACCUGAGCAAAGGCUCGUAAUCGUGUGCUCAAGAUGAACUGUGACAGCUCAAUAAACAAGCAGUGUGUUAAUUUUCUACUGCUCAUAAAUCUACAGCUGAACAGCACUGCGUUUAGUUUCAUUUUUCCACAGAAAGGUGGACUGUGAUGCAAAAGCUGGUCUUCAGACGAGUGUCACAGUGCUGAAUCGUUUAAUAGCGUUUUAAUUGCAAUCGUGGUCUUUCACAGAACUAAUGCAGACACAUGCAACAUAAAACAGCUCCAUCCAGAAAUGACAGCAUGUAGGCCAAUCAGAUUCAAGCACAUAGAUCCAGGCAUGGCAAAAAACAUGACUUUGUGGCUGUUUUCCAAAAAUUGCAAAGUGCUGUCUUACGUUAGUUAUAUAUUAUGAUAAACAGCUGUGUGGCGCUGGGGUUUGGUAAACCCUCAAACUCAGAGCUCUGACAUUUUGGAUUUUUUAUUUCUUUGGUUUCUUUGCUGUUUUUGGUCUGAAAACAACAAUGCUGGGAUCAUCCGCAUGUCAGGGACCACAUUGACAAAGUCUGGAGGUUGGAUGUAUGCAGGGUCCUGACAAUAUCCUAGAUUUUAUUUUUGCACAUUAGAGUCAUAUUAAGAAAAGAAGAUGAAGCUUGAUGAAGAUGAUGAUGAGAUCAAGUUACACAGUAUUUUGCCUUUGACCAAGAUACAUUAUCAGACUACAUAUCUUUCUGUUUUCAAAACUUCCACAGUGCCACAUACGAAGGAGAACAAAAGGAGGUACCAGGUUUGACUUUCUUUGCUCCACCUGACAGCUCCAACAUCAUUAUCAGUCUUUCCUUUUGCCAUGUCUGCUUUUGUGCUAUAUAUAUAAGAGCGCUCAGUCUCUAUAUUUAGCACAGUGAAAGGAUAUAGUAGAUCCUACAGUGGUGCAUUCGGUGCCUGGAGAAGUCUCUUUUUUGUUUAUUUAAGCAGCAGGUAUGAUAUAGUAUAAACGCCCUGUGCUACAAGCACUAAAGUAUGAAAAAACUUAUUGCAUUUGUACUUCACUCUCCAAAAACGAAGUAGUAUUUUUUAUAUUCACUUAACUCUAUCUGAGUUUGUGUCCAUCUGAUGAAUGUAAAUCCAUUUUUCUUUCUCCUUUUAGUCUCAUUAGAUCAUUCCUUAUUCCCGUUUCUACCCUGCUGUUUUUAUUUGUUUGUGUGUAUGAGUGGUUUGAUAAACCGUGGAGUAAAUGUCACUUUAAAAGAUCUACUUUUAAAACAAAUAACUAUACGUUUCAUAGGGAUAGUAGGGCUGAGUGAUUCUUUUGAAUAUCAUUUAGGAGAAACAAGAUAAUUGGAUUAAAAUUAUUACUUCUGCACAAGCCACUAAGUGUUGGAGAUGGAGCCAAGAUGAUGAAAAGAGCUACUUUGGUCAAUAAGAUUUCUGUAGAAGAAGUUAGUUAUGACAGGGUUUAGGAAAGGCUAGAAGCUCUGAAAGGCAGGUUGGUACAAAGCAGAGUUUGCUUUGUGGUCAAAAGCAAUUCAAUUCUCUCCAACUGUUUAAAGAAUUUAAAAUUAUUUAUUUAUUUAUUAAAUUAAAUAAAUGCAUGAUUCUUGAAUCAAUAAUCACAUUAAAUAAUCACAAUUACAAACAAUCCCAAAUCCCAGCUGAUCUGUAAAGUUCAACCACAGACUGUAUUUAAAUGAUGGAAAUUGUGAUGUCACAGUUGGUUAGUGAGGCAAGGACGCUAAUUUACCAAAUUAACUUUUUUUUUUUUUUUUUAAAUAAAUUCAGUAUAACCUGAAACUACCAACUGAGCCAAGUCAUCAGGAAAGUGUUCACUUCAAGAAAACAAGAAAGCCGAACUGCUGAAGUUGCCCCCGACUGGCUUUUAGAAGUAAUGUAGAUUUAAGGUACUUCUGUAUGGACCCAGAAGCUACGUCCAGCUUUUUUAAAUGCAGUUUAAGAGUCCAGCCCAGCUAGAAAGAAAUAAAAAGACAUUAAUUUAAGGUGACUAAUAAAAAGUUAAAUUAAGAUGCAUCAGCAAAGCUUCUUCUUCUGCUUUUACAUGGAAAAUAGUUCCUAUUAUAUUUUAUUCAAGUCCACUUUGAUAGAAGUUGUGGCAUUGUAGUGUAGUGCCUCCUGGAUGACCACACGGGGCCUCGCCUUCUCCCUCUGAUAAUGAAAUUUACAUCACUUGAACCUUUUAGCUGCUUGUCUUUAGCAUCGUGUUUUGGGCCUCGUACAAUUCACCACUUUAUGCCAGCAACAACGAGACUUUUUACAGACUUUCAAAAAAUCAGACUGAGCCACGAAGACAUUCAAGAGGGAAUUAGCAUCGUCAGCACCAUCGACACAAUGUUAAAAUUCUUGUUUGCUGUUUUGUAAAAUGAGCUGUGUGGUAACAUUACCUCAGUGGUGUUUAGAUUUACCUUGUUACUCAGUAAAACAGUGAACCUGCCACAAGUAAAUGGAAAGAGUUUAAAAAUAUAGUAUAAGAAUAAGAUGUGUUUAUAUUUGUGUUUAUUUAUUAGUUUUUUAAAUCACGUCUUAAUUUUAUUUUGUGUAAAGGGACAACACUGGUAAAUGUACAGGUUGUUCAUUUUAGCAGGAAGACAUGUGUUCCCUCUUCCAUAUUGUUUUUUUUUUUUUUUUUUAAAGAAUGACGAUGAUGCAAGUCCAGAUAUUUGACUGACCACUGGUGGGUCCAUUGAGACGCUGUUAUUUUGAACCUUUACUGUUAGAAAAUACUAGUAAGACAAUGGAGAGAGUCUGAAGUGGUUUUAACCUUAACUUAUGAUCAAGAAUCGGUAGAUUAAAGGUCGUGACUGGCACGAGACUCUGUUGCUUAUUUGUUGAUGUAAUUGUGGAGAGUUUGAGACUUUAACAUUGAGAGCAAACAGCUAAAUAAGAUAAAGUUAUUAUAAAGGGUUUUUUUGUGCUUACACAACAAAGUCUUUGUUUGUCGGCUUGUUCAUUGUAUUUAUAAAGUAUAACAAGCACAAAGAUAAGACAAUUAAAAUAUCAAUUUUCUUACUGUCAUUAAUCCCUGUUUGUAGUUGUUACAGAAAUGUGCACAUUUUUCACAAUAUAUCCCAGGAGGCACUUUUCAUUUCAUGGGAAAAAUCCACCAUCGAUGUAAAAGUUUUGGCACUCUUGGCUUUCCAUACUUAUUUGCAUCCACAUACUCAGGUUUUUGUGAACAGGUACAGUUGUACAAACUUCUUUUAUCAUUACUUCCCUGAGUGUUUUGUGGUAUGUUAAUCUUUUUCUUUUUUUUGCUGUUGCUUUUGUGUAUGUGUGUUUACAAAUCCAUCAAAUACUUUUACAUUUGUAGUUAAUUAGAGAUGAUUUAAGACACCACAUGCUACAUGAGAGAAAUUCCAUCAUAAGCAUGUUUUGUUUUUAGGCACAUAAAAUAUGAAUUAUAAUUUUUUUUUACAUGCUUUUUAUCUCCAAGGGAGAGUUGUGUCUUUGUGGAUUUUUAAUUUUUUAAAUUUUUUGUGUUUUGCAGAAAUGAGGGAAACUGGGACUAAUUUUGUAAUCUGCAGCUCAAUUUUUGCUGGAUUUCACUUAUUUUUCCUUUUAGUGUCCUAAAAUUUUAUUCCAGAAAGAUUAAAUAUGAUGUUUUAGGGAAUUAAAGACAUAAAGAUUGUCGUUGUGAAGGUUAUGCUAUUUUCUGACUUGAGCUGAGUUUUACAAGAUGUUCUCAUGUUUUAUUUUUGUCUUUUUUCUUCUUUCUUUUGUCAUCUUUUAUUUUUGUAGUGUAAAAUAAUAGUAAAAUAUCAGGUAACAGCUUUUACAGAAUGUAUUUUUUCGCAUUGUGAAUGAAACUGAGACCGGCUCCAUUCACGUCCAUGUCUUCAGAGACCAAUGGAGGAAGAUUCGUGCAGGAAUAACAUAAACUAGAACCACUUUUAGAUAUCAUAAACAAUAUGCUGUAGAUUCAAUAAUAAGUUUAAGUCAUCCAGUACUUGAAAGAAACUAUAUCUACUCUGUAUUUAUUUCAUUAUUUAGUCAUUAAAUGAAUUAAAUGAUCAGUUUGACAAUGUGAGUGGUGUCUUCUUCUCCUUUGUUUGUUAAAAAGAUGAAAACAUCUUUUUCCUUCCUUAGUCAGCACAAACUGAAAUCAUCCUAAAGCUGGAAGCUGCUGACUGUGGUGGGAAUAAUAAUCUCGGUCAGAAAAUGCACAACGUUAUCAGCAGUAAACACUGAUUUGUCCACGUCGCACAGAGUAAAACUCGCUCAGUGACCUUUAAUCUACACGAGGGAGGACACGGAGGUCCGUGUGCCAUCACAUGUCGACACGUCUAACGCUGAUGUGACUGCACAUCAUUGCCUUCCAGUGAAAUUUUUAUAACUGUUAUGCAAAACAGGGCAACAAAUGGAGAUGCAGUGGAUAGCUUUGUUGCCUCCCAGCAGGAAUAUCCUGGGCCUGGGAUUUUGGAAGUUCUUCAUUCUGUUUGCUUCCUUCCACAGUUCGGAGAUAUCCAUGCUAGGUUAAUGGGUGAUUCUAAAUCUCUCUUUUAGCCCUGCACCAGACCGGCGACGUGUCCAGGGUCCAUCGUUUGCCUUAUGACAGCUUUGAUAGGCUUCAGUCUCACUGCUACUUUGAAUCAGAUGAGUGGUAGAAAGUGAAUGAGUGGAUGGAUACAAAACCCUGCACCAACUUACCUCUGCUUAAACAACAAAACUGCAACUCAUUCCACCAGCCCGUGUCUCUGAUCCAGAGUUAUUACAAUUUUAUCAUUUUGUUUUCUAAUUGUUUUUUUGUUGUUGCUGUGUAUCUACACAGAGUUUAUGUGUCACAUGCUUUAUGUUUAACAUAGAAGCCAAAUAGAAAUAUUUGAUAUAAUGAAUAUUUGAUUUAAUGAUAAAAAAGCGUAUUCAGUCACUCAGACAUUGAGAAAGUCCACUUCACUCGGCCACUGUGAGUGCUCUACCUGUCAAAGUGCAAUCAAAUCACUGAUUAAAGCUUAAUUAGACAAUACUCUUUGUUUCUGGGCUGUUUUCAAAGUGCACUGCGAUGGUGACUGAACUGUGCACAAAUCCUUGCCUUGUUCAUGGGUACCUGAAUAGUUUUGAAGCCUGCCAGUAUCUCAUACAUCAGCCCAGGUCUGGAAUAACUAAAAAGUCUCCUUUGACAGUCUGUCCCACGAAAUGCAUAAACAGUACAAGAAAGCCAAAGAUGCAAAAGCCUCAUGUUUAAGUGAAUGUAUGUAUAUAUUUGAGGCUGUAUGUUUACU